AUGUCUGUGUCAAUCUUUAAAUACUUAAAAGACUUGGAAAAUAAAAAUACCCUUAGAGCAGCUAUUAUUUACAUAACAGUUGCUUACUUUUUUCAUGCUUUGUAAAUAAAAUUUUUUAAAUAUGGUCACUUUAACAUAGUUCCAUAAAGUCUAUUUUUGAGAGCAUUAUUAUGCUUAAUUGUAAUUUUUCUCUUUCAAUCAAAACAAAAAUAUUAUCCUAAGGUUAAAACAAAGUAUUUAAUAAAAUCAUAGUUUCUCAGUGCUAUUGGUUCAUCCAUUUAUUUUUAUGGAUUAAAAUAUAUCUCUAUUUCUGAGGCAGCAAUCUUGUUUGCCACAAAUUCAAUUUGGAGUUAAUUAAUUGUUAGCUUUAUGAAAAGAGAACAUAUUACUAAAUCAAGGUUUAUAAAUUCUAUAAUUUGUAUUGUAGGAAUAACUUUAGCAUCAAAUCCUACGAUAAAUGUUGAAGAUCCUUUUAUGCAUAUUAUAGGAUGUUUAAGUAUAUUAAUUUGUAGUGUUGUCUAAUCGAUCUCAUAUAUUACAAUGAAAUAAAUUGGAUCUGAGGUUUCAUCAUCAGUUGUCACUUCAUAUUACUAAAUUAUGAUCAUUAUAACAUCAAGUUUAUGGCAACAAUAGAUAUGUAAAUUUGAAUAUUUUACAGGAUAUUGGUUUUAUUUAUUUGGAUUUGCAUUUUUUACUCUUUUAGGAUAAAUGCUUUAAUUUAGAGCAUAAACUAUGGUGACUUAUGAUAAGAUAUGCAAUUAUACUUAUUCCUAAUUUUUAUAUGUGAUUAUUAUAGAUUAUGUACUCUUUAGAAAAAUAUUAAGUUAAAAUGGUUUUAUCGGAGGAUCAUUAAUUCUCUUUGGAGUAUUUAAAUAAUUAUCUGAUGAUAAAAAACUUAGAGGAUGA